ACUGGUCCUGUUGGUCGGUGUUGCAGGGUAUAUUCUCGGGGUCCGUAACCUGGUGUAACGUGAGCUCGAUCGGCUCGUCUCUCCGACGCGAUGUGGCCGGCCAGCUGAUGUGACACCCCGGGCUUGACAGCUCAAGCCGCGGGGCGAAGGCCUGACCGCCCGCGCUAGCAUUCACUCCAUCCCACCUGGGCUAACCCAGCUGUCGGCCGUCGGUGUGCACUUUAAUGCACAGCUCUCGUGGACCCGGGCAUUGCUCUUCGGCAGAGGCGCUUGUCAGUCUGAAAGAGGGUAGUUUGUCCAACACUCUGAAUGAAAAGAACAGCUUCCCAAGAGCUCACAACACCAGGGGACGGCAAGUCUCCCUCACAAUGGAUACGCCCACACGGAGCUCAAAAAGGAGCCGUUUGUUUCGGGAUGAAGAUGAACUGCCGCAGCAGCGUCUCCCUUCGCGAUCCCCGCGGAGGAGCCAGAGGGUCACCACCACGCCGCAGAAGUUUUCUAAUGUGGUGACACCUGAUAAAAAGGCAUCCCAGAGAAUAGGACUGAGAUUAAGAAAUCUCCUCAAGCUACCCAAAGCUCACAAAUGGUGCAUCUAUGAGUGGUUCUAUUCCAAUAUUGACAGACCUCUAUUUGAGGGGGACAAUGAAUUCUGCCUGUGUCUCAAGGAGUCUUUCCCCAACCUGAAAACAAGAAAGCUGACGAGAGUUGAGUGGGGAACAAUUAGGAGAUUGAUGGGGAAACCUCGACGGUGUUCGUCUGCGUUUUUUUCCGAGGAGCGAACGGCGCUGAGGCAGAAGAGGCAGAAAAUGCGCCUGCUGCAACAAAGAAAACUGUCAGAUGUGUCAAACUGCAAAGACCUUCCAGAUGAAAUCCCCUUGCCUCUCAUCAUAGGAACCAAAGUCACCGCUCGACUACGAGGUGUCCACGACGGCUUGUUCACGGGCCAGAUAGAUGCAGUGGACACCAGCGCAGCUACCUAUCGCGUCACCUUUGACCGCACGGGCCUGGGAACGCACACUGUGCCUGACUAUGAAGUCCUGAGCAAUGAACCCAAUGAGACGAUGCCCAUUUCAGCCUUUGCCCAGAAGCACCGAACAACACGCUACAUGCAAAACCUCAUGACUCCACCAAGAGGGCCCUACCCAUCUGCUACAACUCCUGUCCUUAUGGACAAUGACCCUCUUAUCAACCAGUCGCCAUGGAGGAACACACUGCCCGGUGCUGAGGGAGACACUCUGGGAGGAUUUCCUGUCAAGUUCCUGGUCCAAGUGACAAGGCUUUCCAAAAUCCUCAUGAUCAAGAAGGAGCACAUCAAGCACUUGAAAGAAAUGAACACAGAGGCAGAGAAGCUGAAGUCGUACUCGACGCCGAUUGACCUUGAGUUCCAGAAGCGAUAUGCCACCACGGUCUUGGAGCUGGAGCAGCUCAAUAAAGACCUCAACAAGGUGCUGCAUGAAGUUCAGCAGUUUUGCUGUGAGCUUGCUCCGGAUCAGGGCCUGUUCCCAGCCGACCAUCCCACGGAGCUGCGGCGGCGUUGCGAAGACGAGGCUCAGCAGAUGGUGCAGCUCGGCAACUCCGUCAAGGAAGGACAGCAGAAUGUGACGAACCCUGGCCUCACGCACCUCAUCUCCCGCCUCACCGCUCUGCUCCUACAGAUCAAGUGUCUGGCAGAUGGAGGAGACCUGAAUUCAUUUGAGUUCAAAUCUCUAACAGACUCCCUCAAUGACAUCAAGGCAUCGAUUGAUCCGUCCAACCUCAGUUGCUUCCAGAACAACGUGGAGAUCCAUGUGGCACACAUCCAGAGUGGCCUUAGUCAGCUGGGCAACCUGCAUGCGUUUUCUGCCAACAACACUAAUGCAGUCUGAUAUCACCUGCAUGAUGCAGGUGCACACACACACACACACACACACACACACACACACACACACACACACAAACAGAAAACAAAUGAGUGUGUGUGGUCCUUUAAUUCUGUCUUUUAAGAUUUCACCUGAACAGUCACUGAAUAAAAAGCCUGCGUGGGUGUUUGCGGACCACCUACACAAUCUGGAUUUGGAUGUCCCCGGCGAAACGACUGGUGCCCAGGUUCCUGAAGCUUUGCAGAAGAAAGGAAGGAUGUGUCCGCGCCCCCCCCCCCCCCCCCCCCACACACACACACAAACAUACACACACACACACACACACAUUUUAUUGUAUGAAAAUGUUUGUGCGCUGAAUUGAACACAAAUCUGAAAGAGUCUUUUCAACAAUCCAUUGCCACAAAUCCACUUCUCCAAAACCCUCCACGGUUAUUUAUUGGUUUCACGUGCCAAACAUUGAUUCUUACAGUUUUUAUAGUCCAUAUUUAUUUAUUUUUGAGUAGGUGUGUAUGGUUAUGAAACAAUAUUUUGCUAUCUCUAAAAAGUUUCCCCCCCUGACAUGUGUUGUGUUCUGUUGCUCCACUGAUGGUAAGCACAGGGGAGGGCUAAAGAAUGUUUUAUAAAAAUUGUUUAUUGUAGAUAAUUGUACAAUAUCUCUGAUUAUUAUUAGGACUGUUGUCAACAUUUCUGCUGUGUGCUCAGCAAUGACUUUUGUAAUUUUGUGUGCACUGAAAAGAGAUUUUGAUAUUUUUAUAAAGGAGAACUCUGGGGGUUUUCAUGCCUUUUACUCCCUAAGAUGAUAUUAGCAUUUUCCACAUUUGGCAUGGCUGUUGCUGCAACCCCCCACCCCCACCCCUCCCCCCUGCAUCACCGAUGUAACCCCGGAAGUUCACGUCAACUGUUUUUUCCUAGAGAAUCUCCUUUUUCAGUUUUGUAAAGUUGUAUAUGAGAGUGCCUCAGGGCAAUUGUAUAUAAAUGUUUCUUUUUAUAUUAAACAUAAUAUUGCAAAUGA